CUCUUGUCCCGUUGUGGAGGGACUCCACAAGCCGCGCGACGACUGCCUAGUAAGAUGCGUGACGUCAUGGGCUCAUGGCUGCUGGUGUGUGCGGUUGUUGUCGCGCAGCUGGCAACUGUCAACUCGCAGGGCACUGCUGUGAUCCGGACGCGUGGCAAGCCCGGGGAUCCGUGUGAAUUUGCUGACGGUGUUGUGGGCGAGUGCACGGAACUGCGCGCUUGUCGCGCCUCAGGCGGCGUGAUCAGGCGCCUGAGCACCACCACGAGGGGCGCCGCCGCAUCGGUCUGCUCCAGCUCCUCUACUGGCGUCUACAUCUGCUGCAGGCGGCCGCACAUCAUCGCCGAAAACAUGUGUUCCGUGUGGUCGCGCUACUGGAGCGCCGCCUCUCGCACCUUCAACAACACGUGCGUGACUCAGCGACCGCUUAUCUACGACGGGGAGGAGGCCAUCUUGGGGGAGUUCCCCAACAUGGUUUCCUUGGGCAAGUGGGAAGACGGCCAGCGAAAGUGGCAGUGUGGCGGCACACUCAUCACGCCAUUUUUCGUCCUCACGGCCGCCCACUGUAUCAGUUCGGACCAUGUGGUCACGCUGGGGGAGCACGACAGGUCCGCGCCAGGGACCGGAGUGCUGCCUCGUCUCGACCUGGGCUUCCCACCGGGACUGUGGGGGGAGGAACGCUUCCGUUUCAACGCCGUCCCGCACACCAGCAUCGAGCAAAUGAUCAACGUCACGGAGGUGUUCGUGUAUCCGGAAUACCAAUCCCGCUAUCAUGACAUCGCCCUACUCAAGCUCCAGUAUCCGGCGACGCUGACGGCUCGCGUCUUGCCGUCAUGUCUGCCGAACUCGAGGGUACAACACUUCGACACCAGCGUCUCGUUCAUCGUGGCGGGGUGGGGCGCUGUUACACCUCAUGGCGACAACAGCGACAAGCUACGCAAGGCCAAGAUCAACUACAUCGACCCGAACGAGUGCAUCGACAUGUGGAGCUCCAACCCCCUCGUCCGGCCACCCUGGGGCAUCACCAGCGACCUCAUCUGCGCCGGCGCUGAGGGGAAGGAUUCGUGUAGGGGCGACAGCGGGGGGCCUCUGAUGCAAGAGUCAAACCUCCCGGAGGUCUUAGCGGGCACCUGCAUGCCCAGGGAGGUGGCCGGCAUCGUCAGCUUUGGGCCGCUGUGCGGUCGUUUGGGAGCUUACACCAAAGUCGCAUCCUACCUCGAUUGGAUCACCGCCAUCGUCGCCCCUAAAGCCUCUUCAUCCCCCAUUGUCUAGGCGAAGCUGACUUCAUAUGCUGCCACUGAAAACCAUUCCUCCACCAUUUCAUACAAAGCAUAAUUUUCAUCGUAACUCUACAGAAACUUUCUCCUUAGCUGCAUCUGUUUCGAUGCGGGGUCCUUUGCGCACACGGUGGGCAAGCAACAUCCAGCAGUCGGCCCAGUAUAUCUCCGCGUCCUAUAUAGUUACUCUUAAAGCCUCUUCUAAUCUCGCUACUUAGAUUGAAUCACCUCCAUCGUACUCUUGCAGCCUCUUCCUAUCCCGCUGCUGAGACCAUAUCCCCUCCAUCGCCGUUCCUUCAGUUACUUCAUCCAGACAUCCACGCCGCGUAGAUCGAAAAUGUCUGUGAUGUUGCACACACGCGAUCGUGAUUGAUGGAAUAACUUAACUUGCAAGAGUUUCGACUCUUCGUGUUCUACCGAUGUCGGUUUCGACACAAGCAACUUGACGUGUGUUGACGACGCCAGUUUGUUUACGGACGUCUUUUGCUUGGUAAAUCUGUGACUGAAUGUUACCAGGCCUACUGAAGCAUUCGCGCUGUAGUUAUGGAUUAGUGUUCAGUAUUUUCUCCCCUUUAAUACCAAUAGCUUACAUUUAGCGAUAUAAUCGUAAAUUUACUUCAUAGCGCUUAUUUACGAGGAAAUUUUUAGUUUGCAACUUUUCCAACGCUAGCCGUUCCAGUCAAGACGCAAAUAGUUUUACAGUAUCAGUACAGCUAUCGCGCCCAAAAAGCUGUUGAAACUCCUAUUGUUUAUUCAUGUCAGCUACACACCUCAAAUUUUGAGUUACAAUCAAUAGUGUUAAAUGUAACAACUCAAUUCAAAACGACGACUCUAGCUCAGAGCCUUUUCUUGAGCUGUAUUUCAGAGCCUGAAACAAAGCAUAAAUUUUAAAUGUAUAAUAAGUUAUGUUUUGAUAAGAAUAGAGGAGCUACAAUAGAGGGAGAUUAAAUUUAUAACCAAACAAUUUCAGGAUUUAAACGAAUCAUAUUGCAAUUGCAUAAAACAUCAAUGACACAAAAUAAUAUUGUUCGACCAAUCGUGUCACCACAAAUAAAAAACCAACGCACAAAUAACACAAACCCAAGAAUCAAACUCAACCCCAAUAAAAUCUUAAGCUAACGCAUGCGUAUUUACUUUGAAGAGAUGCCUUUUUGGUAUAGUUGAUCGCUCUAACACAUUUCCCUAUUUGAAUAAUUAAUAAUCAAACUAUUCGUACCGCAAAAGUCAACAUUUAAUGCUAAUCAACCGGUCAAAUAUUACUAUCUUCCUCCAGCAACAUCACACCCAAAACGCGAUCAUUACGAACAUCACUGGGUGUUGUAACAGAGAACUGAGAGUUAUACCUGCAAAGCAGCGUUAUCAAACACCUGCUUAUAUAUAAUAAAAAAACCUGCGUAAUAGUUAACCUUCGCAUCCUAUGAAUACAAUUGUGGUUAAUAGUUUACCAAAAUUAUUUAGGUGACACGGUCUCAAAAACGCUGCUGUUAUAAAUCAUA